CUCUUCUUUUUCUGCAGCCUUGCCUCGCCCUUUCUAACAUGAAUGCUAUGCUUGACAUGCAGGCUCUGCAUUGAGUGAUUGCCUGGGCCAAAGCGACGCACUUCUUUAUUGUCGUUUGUUUUCCCUUCUUCAGUUCCAGGUUCCCUUUCCUGUCCGGGGUCCAAACACAGCACAGACAGACGGACAGACAAGGACAGACAGACCCUGGUCAUUUCAGCUGUCCCUUCGACGACCUCCCCCCCAAAUAGGGAACAAGCAGAAACACCCGAAAGUGUGCUGUCAUUAUUCAUCUGUGCUGGUCUAACAACAACGGGGGAGCUCAUUGCUUUCUGCCAGAUAUCCAUACUAUCCCACCACUCCAACCUCCCCCUCCUCAAACGAUUCGCAACACCAAACACCGUUCGUCGACAACCCGCCCAUCGAACCAUUGAAAUCCGAAGCGCGAGGCGAAGGGCCCCGGCCAGCAAUUGGGCCUCAAGAUGCCCCCUUCCGACCUCUCGGUGGCCGAGGAGAUAUACAGGGGCCUCGCGAGCCUGCUGAGUCUGCUGUGGCAAUGGAUCAAGGGCCCGGGCAUGCACAAGGCCGCCGUCGCCGCCGCGGUGGUGAUGCGCCAGGUCAGGCGGAACCUGACGGCUAGGAGGCUGCUGAGCUUCCCGCACCUGCUGGCCUUUUUCUGGAUGCUGCUGCUGCUCUGGGGCGAGCGCUGGAUCUUUACGAGCCAUGUCAGCGUCUGCGACUGGAAGAACUGGGAGAAGUGGCCCAAAGAUGCGACCCCCCAUCACCUCGUCCUCAUCGCCGACCCGCAGAUCCUCGACCCUCACACAAACCCCGACUGGCCCUCGCCGGUGCUGGCCACCGUCGUCGCCGUCACGGACCGAUACCUCAAGCAGGGCUACCACGCGCUGCUGCACCAGCUGCACCCGGACAGCCUCUUCUUCCUGGGCGACAUGCUCGAGGGCGGGCGCGAGUGGAAGACGAGGCAGGGCCACUUCGUCGACCCCAAAUGGGGGUCCCGCGGGCGCACGGCCAAGGAGCAGCGCUGGGUCAAGACGUGGCACCGCAAGUACGGCGACGACUUCUGGCUGCGCGAGUACCAGCGCUUCGGCAACAUCUUCUUCGCCCCCUGGAACGACGCCGGCAGCAAGCCGGGCCCCUGGCAGAGAGGCCGCAAGCUGGUGGCGAGCUUGCCCGGCAACCACGACAUCGGCUUCGGCGCCAUGGUCCAGCUGCCUGUCCGAGAUCGUUUUCAGGCCUAUUUUGGAGAAGGGAACCGGGUUGAUGUCAUAGGGAACCACACCGUCGUCUCGGUCGACUCCGUGUCCCUGAGCGCCGGGACAUCUGCGCAGAGAGCCGAGCACGAUCUGUCAGCCAUCUACGGCCCCGUCCACGAGUUCCUGGAUGGCGUCCAAGCCACAAAGCGAAAGAUGGCGCAGAACGAGCUCGGCUUCUGGUACGGCAUUGAGCGCGGCAUCAAGCACAAGCACAACGUUGAGGACCUGGACAAGGCGGACUUGACCCGGUGGCCGAGAGACCCCGGGCCGGGGGCUGCCGACUUCCCCACGCUUCUCCUCACUCACGUUCCUCUGUAUCGCGAGCCUGCAACGCCCUGCGGCCCGCAGCGUGAGCACUGGCCGCAGAAGAAGGGAUCCAACGAGAAGGAUCCCGCCAAUGCUAUAUCAGUGGUGGCUGGAUACCAGUAUCAGAACGUGCUGUCGGAAGAAGACUCCGUCAGGCUCGUCAAGAGCGUCGGCAACGUGGUCCACGUCUUUUCAGGCGACGACCACGAUUACUGCGAGCUCGUGCACUCCGACUCGAAAGAGAACGUGCGCGAAAUUACCGUCAAGACCAUGAGCAUGACGCAGGGAGUGCCGACCCCGGGCUUCCUCAUGGUCAGCCUAUGGAACCCAAUCGACAAGGACGGCAAGCCCCUACCCGGCGCGCCCGAGCAGACGGUGCAGACUCAUCUCUGCCUGCUCCCAAACCAGCUCUCCAAGUACAUGAACUACAUCGCCUUCACCAUCUUCUCUCUCAUCAUCCUCGCCGUCAGGGCCUUCUUCGUCCCCGUCCUCCGCCUCACGCCGUUUGCCCUGCCGCCCGAACGAGGCGGCGCCUCCCUCCCCAUCUACAAAGAUAAGAUCGAACCACCCAUCACAUCCUCGUCCGGCACGAGCAACGGCGGCGGCGGCGGUAGCACGCGCUGGGCCGGUAAGAAGGGCAAGCACAGGCAUCGAUGGAGCACCGACGGGUCCAGGGGGCCACGCAUCACCAUCAACGAGGACUACUACGACGGCGGCAAGGCGUGGAAGACGACGACGACCCGCGGAGAUAGGUUCUCCUUCAAGGUCAUGGCCACGGAGAUGUGGACUACGACGUGGAGGGUGACUUGGAUCUCGGUGCUCAUCUGGAUCUAUCUGAUACGGAAUGGUUAAAGGAGCUGCCCUUCCUUUCCUCGUCUUCUCUUGCUCCUUCGACUGGCAACAUAUUAGACUUGAACGAGUGGUGUUUCUUUUCUGUUUUCUUUACCUUGGGGUGUUUUGUAUAUGAAUCGGGGGGCUGUAGAUGCUACUUGACUUAUUUAAAUAUUUGGUGGGGGAAAUGACAAAACACUGCAAAAGUACGCUGGUAAAUGGGCAAAGGGCGGAAGAUACAUCAUCAUCAUCAUCAUC